AUGGCUUCCCCUAGCGUUCUCACCUUUGACGCUGAGGGUCGGGCAGUGGACUUUGAGGUCUGGGUAGAUGAUCUGCAGCUUUUCCUGCAGUGCGAUAGGGCAGACGGCCUCUCCCUGUUUGACCCCACUUCUGGUGCCUCCCCUGCCCCUGCUGCUAAUGCUGACGCCACUGUUCGCUCACAGUGGGCCACACGUGACGCUGCUGCUCGCCUUGCUGUGCGCCGCCACUUACCGACCACUGAGCGUGCACACUUUAGCCAGUACAAGAGUGCUCAGACCUUGUACGACGCUGUAGUUGCACGCUACUCUUCCCCUGCCACUGCUGCACUGAGCCGCCUCAUGCUACCGUACCUCUUCCCUGACCUUGCUGCCUUUCCCACAGUCGCUGACCUCAUUACGCACCUCCCCACUAGUGACACUCGCUACCGCGCUGCGCUUCCUGCUGAGGGUGUUCUUCCUCCCCUCUCUUGCCCUCUGUUGCCUCUGCUGCUGCGGCCGACCUCGUUGGUUUCGAGUCGGUCGGCGCUGCAUCUGCCCCGAGCGGGAGACGCCGCACCGGCAAGGGCAAGGGGGGCAAGAGCACUGGAGAGGGUGGAGGGGGCGGUGGAGGUGGUGGUGGAGGCGGUGGAGGGAGUGGGGGUGGUGGUGGGAGUGGUGCUGGGGGUGGCGGCGGCGGCGGCAGCAGUGGAGGCGGCGGAGGCGGUGGAGGUGGCGGAGGGAGCGGAGGCGGCGGAGGUAGUGGAGGAGGCGGAGGUGGAGGAGGCGGCGGAGGCGGCGGAGGCGGCGGCGGCGGCGGAGGCGGCGGUGGUGGAGCGAGUCGCUACUCUGCGCCGAGGAGUGGCGCCGGUGGUGCGCGGUGGGGGUUUUGGUCCCUGCUCUUACGUUCUCCGUACCGGCGACCGCACUGGUGAGCAGUGCGGAGGUCCGCACUCCACCCAGCGCUGCUUUGGUCGCCUGACGGACGCGUGGCGUCGCCAGUUCCCUGAGGCGUCAGAGAUCCCUCGCUGGGGAGAUCUGGCUAAGGCCGGGGCUACUAUCUUUGAUCUUGACUUUGAUGCUAUUCUUGCUGCCAUGUAUGCUGUUGCUGAUAGUGUUGAGGGUGCCUGUUACCUGUGUGUACCGCCUGACCCGGGCAUUGAGGCUGCUGUGCUAGGUGCUGGUGAGACUGCUGCUCUAGGUGCUAGUGCGUCUGCUGCCCCAGGUGCUAGUGCGUCUGCCGCCCAAGGUGCUGGUGAGUCUGCUCUCUCAGGUACUACGUAG